AUGGUCAACGGGCAACAUGGUCAAAAGGAUAAUGAUUUGCCGAACCAAAUCGAUGAAUUUGGUAACAAAUUUCUCAGAGUCGUUCACAAGAUUCGAAAGAAUCACCUGGAUAUGAAACAAAAGAAGCGAGAAAAGAGAAAGACUGUAACCAACUCGGUAGAGCAGGAAUGCGAGACACCACAAAAUGGAUCUCAAACAUCACAAAGCCGAGCAGUAUCCAAACCAAAGAAGGAGCUGAUUGCCCAAGAGAUUGCCAAAGACUUUUCCUCGAAUGGCGACCAAAAGAUUUUGCGCGCCAUCGGACGAACCGCCGCCGUCAAUGCCGCCAUCUUGGCGACGGCUUUGACUGGAGGUGCGGCAGGUGCCGCUGGGAUCUUAACGGGAGGGGCCAUGACGGCCAAACGCUUGGGGGAUGGGGUCCAACAAGAGGACGAACGGGAAGUGGCCAAAAGUUUGGCAGUGUACGGGUCGGCUACGACAGCAAGUAUUGUGGGACAAACUGUAACAGGGGCUCUUUUGGUAGGAGUGGCGGGCGCUGCAUUGCCGGUGGCUGGAGCUGUUGCCUUUGUAGUAGGAUGUGCCAGCGGGAUUACAGCUGGAGCACUGAGUGAGUGGGGAGUGGACCAUGCCUUGAAAAGAGGCAACGACACAGAUGAUGAGAAUUGUCAUGAUGAUGAGGAGGAGGAAGAAAAAGUUACGGAUGAUGAAACAGUCGACAGUUCUGAAGAUGGUUGUAGUGACAAAGGCAAAAAAGAAGAUGUUACAGUGAUUGCCAACGACAGCAAAGUAGAACACAGCUCGAUUCCCAAUGUUUGCAUUACGGGAGAUAGCGUGGGUCAAGUACACGCAAGACAACAAGACAAACCAAAGUUCGGCUCGUUGGGAACUCUGGAAACUCAAUCUUUGGAAUCCUUUUGA